AUGGCCGAUGCAUGGAAGAGGCUCAAUGAAAAAGUUAAAGCAAAGCGUACCAAAAAAAACCAGCCCAAGGACCAUCGAAGGAAAGAUGAACUGACAGUUCAACAUUUGUCAGCAGAAGUUUCUGGAAAGGCCCAAAAGUAUACAAGGAUUGGGCCAAGAGAGUUUGUUCCCUUCGACGAAACGGAGGAAUUGACCAUUGGUAAUAUCAAGAGCACUUGUGAGAGGCAUUUUCUACAAAAAAUCGGAAAGAAUCUCGUAUGUGAUAUCUCAGCAGGAGAACAGGGCCCAUCGUGCAAGACUCUUGCCCAAAUACCGGACUUAAAGGUUGUAUACGUCCACUUCAUUCCAGAUCCAGCUGAUGAAGGCGAUGUCAACAGCACCCAGAAUUCCACGAGAAAGAGGAAGGACGCAACUGGAGAGUCCUCAACUUAUACCGAAUUUAAUCCUCCGCCGUCAAAAUCAAGGUCAAGCCCCAGUAAACUUAUGCAUUCAAGACAGAAAUUACCCACACAAGCAGCGGGCACAAAAAGUACAUAUUACCCUCGAAGUUUAUCAAUUUCUGACAUGAUCAAACUUGGCAAAAUCAACACAAAUACCGCCACUACUAUUGUGAGAAUUUUCAGAUUCGAUAUGGAAGUUUUGUCGUGGUCCAAAGUUCCAACCACUGUCGAGUUCUAUGAGGAUAAAGAGGCAAUCGGAACCGGCGGAUUCCGUAAAGCAUUCAAAGCAACAUCCAAACAUCCAGAAUUUGUUGCGACAACGUGGGUGAUAAAGCACUAUCUACCAAGUGCUUUAAAGUGCAUCUCGGAUACCGGUCAAACUAUCAAGCAACACAACCGCAAGGUUGUUCAGAUGCAUCUCCUAGCUAGGAAUUUUGCUUCGCAACUUGAGGCAGAAAUCAAGGAGGAAAGCGAGGUUUUUGGAACUGCAUUUAGAUAUAGAAAGAUCUUUCAUGGAGAAACAGACAAGGGGGAGUAUGUUACAGUCGAAGAAUUUAUCCCUGGCCAGUUUAAGAAGUUCGUAAACAACACUGGCCAAACCUGUGUCGAUCCUACAGAUGAGAUGGCCCAGAAGGCAGAGUGUUUGACACACUUCACGUAUGAGAGAUCAAAGAAAAAACUUAUGCUAGUUGACAUCCAGGGAAGUGGAUAUGACUUAUUUGACCCAGAAAUUGCUUCUACAGAUUUACUGGACGAGGGUGACAAGCAAUACCUGUAUUGUACUGGAAAUCUUUCCAAAGUAGCAAUUUCAACAUUUGUGAAAGAGCACACUUGUAGUUUGUUCUGUAACUUGCUUGGCCUACCAGCAAUAGAAAAUUAA